CAAAACAGGGGAAGGUGAUGAUGCUGGACUUUCCUCAUUUUCCCAUCCCCGACCCAUCUCUUUCCUUCUCCAAUCCUUUCUUCACCCAAUUCGCAAAUGGGGGAAAUCAUACACAAGUAUGGCGAGGGAAAGUGUCAACUCAUGAAAGAGGGUUUAUGAUGAAUUCCAUUCAGUUCGGUUUGAACUCUGAAUCAUCGCAGCAGCGAUGAAGUUAGAAAACUACAAGGAGAAUGGAUGAAAUGGUGAUAUCUCAAAUUAAAAUUUUUGGUUCUUGAUAAUCUUUGAUUUCAUGUAAUAGAGAUGGAGAAACAACUAAUUAACGAGAAAUCGAGAAGACAAGUGUGAUCUAGAAAAACAUGGAAGCUAACCUUGAAUCGGAUAGAUGCUUGCAAGUGUACGUAGUGAACAAUGACCAGAAGUUUUCGAUAUUUCAAUAUAUUUCGAUCUCUAUCCCUUAAUUCGAAUACCAUAACAGUAACCCAAAAUCAAUCACAAUUUAAAUAACUAAAAAAAUAACUCCUUAUUCAAUAAUACCAAACAUUGAUAAAUUCAAUACGAUAUUUCAGAUAUUCAGUAUAUGUAUAUCCCAAGUAUCAUUGCUGUAAGAGUGGUAUAAGAUCCAACAGAACAUUCUCCCAACAACUCGAGUUAUUGGGACCAACUGGUUUAUGACAUGGUAUCAGAGCCUAGAACCGAAAUGUCACGUGUUCGAAUCUCCACGACCCCUAAUAUUAACAGUUUAUUAAAGCACAAAAUAUGGUGGGCAUUUGCAAACUUCAGGCUUUCGUUUGAGAGAUCGUGUAAGAAUGUGCUAUAACCUUCUCUCAACAAUUACCAAACUUCCAUCCUAUCUCUACCCAUAUAACUUAGUGACCACCACCUCGAAAAGCUAAAAAAAAAUCAAACGAAUGCCUUUCUAUCUCUCUUUCUCAUCAUCAACACCAUGAAAAUAAACCCCACGAAUCUCCCAUCAUCAUCAUCCCCCAUGCUUCUCGCAUUCUUCCUGGCCUCAAUCACCAUCCCCUUCACCGCAGCUACCUUCACCGACGGCGACUUCGUCGUCCUCCGCUGCCGGGAGGCGGCGAGCACCGACCCCAACUUCACCUACGAGUUCUGCCUCCAAUGCUUCGCGCCCUACAUCCACAACGUGACGACCAUGGAAGAGCUGGUCGGAGUUUCGAUGAAGCUGACGGCGAGGAACGCGACGAGGAUCAUCAAACGGAUCUCCCGGAUGCUGAUCACCCGCGGCGCGGCCAUGGACCCUUACUGUAGGCACGCACUCGGGGACUGCUUGGAGCUGUACGCCGACGCGAAGGGCGAACUAAACGACGCCGCAAAGGACGUGUUCGAGUAUCGGGAUUGCUUCAAGGCCAAUGUUGAGGUGAGCGCGGCCAUGGACUCGGCCAGCACUUGUGAGGAUGGGUUUAGGGAGAGGAGGUACAGAGGUGAUCACCCGCUGGCGGUGGAGAAUGAGGUCUUCUUUCGGUUGACGGCCGUGCUUCUGGCUUUCAUCAACAUGUUGCACUAUAAUUAGGAGGAGAAUUAUGUGUUCCCGCGCGUCGAGGUAUUAUUUGGGUAAAACAAUAUUAUCAAAAUCUUAUAUAUGAUGUGUGAAAGAUAUUAUGUUCAGGGGUGGAGUGAUUCUGACUUCAUUUUGUUGUGUUAAUUUGUGUGGUUAUUGAUAAGAUAAUGCGAUUGUAAAGAUCGGAAUUCUUGAAAUGAUGAUAAGAAGUUAUAACCUAAUUGAUGUUAAUACGAUAAAUAUAACAUAAUUUUAUCA